AUGAGCGUCGUUGCGGAGCCAAAAGCUUUCAAGGUACUCCAGAGACUGCUGGAUGUGGGCAUCUCCUUCAGGGCAGACCAGGAAGGGCUCACGGCGCUUCACUAUGCUGCGUUUGCAGGGUCAGAAGAAGCCGUUGGAUCUCUCUUAGCUGCACGAGCUUCAGUCGAUGCAUUGGCUCAGAAAGGCGUUUGUGGGGAGUACUUUCAGAGGUUUUCAACCGUUUUCAUCGUUUGUUCAUUGUUGGCACGAAGGCACUUGACAUGA